AUCCACGUGUCCGCCUGGCCGAGUCUUUGGCCUGAGUCAGUCAGUGCACUAGACCGACAUAUUAGUCAACAUAUUUGAGACUCAGUCUGACAUAUUUCUCGGGGGAAAGGACAACGUGUGUUGAAUCUCUCCGGCCUUUUUCCAAAAUCCAGUGUGAAUCGGACUUCUUGGCGGGCCAUUGGCAAGCGGGGAACUUGGACGAGUGUUGAGCGUUGUCCAUCAGGUCCGUGAUUGCCUUCAUUGAAUUGUCCGAGUUGGCUGCCAUGCCGGCUCAAACUCUGAAGGAAUCGCCGGUGAAGGCCGCCGUGGUGACCUUCCCGUACAACCCGUCCAGUCAACGCCUCAUGGCCGAAUUGGGCGAGAAGGAGGGGGGCGGGGCGUCAGAGGUCAACCUUCUAGGUCGAUUGUACGAGCCCGAAGGUAGUCCUAAUCGCGGGAUGGGCGGGGCCCUGAGCGGCUACCCGAAAACGCCCAAUCAUAUCUCUCGCCGUCAAUGGAUCACGGUCAUCAUCCUGUUCUUUGUCAAUCUCAUCAACUACAUGGAUCGUCUAACUAUUGCGGGGAUUUUGACCAAGAUUCAAAACGAUUACCAAAUUGGCGAUGCCGAAGGUGGCGCUUUGCAGACCGCAUUCGUCAUUAGUUACAUGAUUUUCGCGCCCAUCUUUGGCUACAUGGGCGAUCGUCACUCCCGGAAACUGAUCAUGGGCUUUGGGGUAUUCCUGUGGACGAUUUUCACCCUCAUUGGAUCAUUCAUGCCGAAUUAUCACUUGUUCUUACUGUGUCGGGCCAUGGUCGGCAUCGGCGAAGCCAGUUAUUCCACGAUCGCACCCACGGUCAUCAGUGAUAUGUUCGUCAAGGACAUUCGUUCCAAGAUGCUGGCCUUCUUCUACUUUGCCAUUCCCGUGGGCAGUGGGUUGGGUUAUGUUGUGGGCUCCGAGACCACCAUGUUGGCCGGGGGGGAUUGGCGUUGGGGUCUACGGGUCACCCCGAUUUUGGGUGUGAUUGCCACGUUCCUGAUCAUCUUUUGCAUGAACGAUCCUCCUCGUGGUGAGAGCGAGGGUCAUGGCAACCUCAAGGCCACGACUUAUGCCAAGGACUUGCAAAGUUUGGCCAAGAACAAGUCCUUCAUGUUGAGCACGGUGGCCUUUACUUGCGUGGCCUUCUGCACGGGUGCCUUGUCUUGGUGGGGACCCAAAUAUAUCGAGUAUGCCGUGGCUUUGGCCCAAGCUCAAAACAACACUGACGUCGGCUCGAUCAACGUUCGAAAUGUCUCUUUGAUCUUCGGUGUGGUGACCAUGCUUUCUGGAAUCGUGGGCGUGCCCUUGGGUUCGAUCUUGAGCACAAAGUUGAAGCAAAAAUACCCCCGGGCCGACCCAUUGAUUUGCGCUUGCGGCCUUCUCAUUUCCGCACUGUUCUUGAGCAUUGGCAUGAUCACGGCCAGUUGGAAUAUCUACGUCACUUUUGCCCUUCUCUUCGUCGGUGAGGUGGCCCUCAAUCUGAACUGGUCCAUUGUCGCGGAUAUUCUCUUGUAUGUGGUGGUUCCAACCCGACGAUCCACGGCCGAGGCAGUUCAGAUCCUCGUGUCUCAUGCUUUCGGCGAUGCGGGAAGUCCAUAUCUCAUUGGCUUGAUGUCUGAUGCUCUGAAGCAAUCUUUGAGUCAGGAGUCCGUGUGUCUUCCCGAGAGCGCUAGCAAAUCCAUGCCAGCCUUUGCUGGCUUGGAAUCGUACUCAAAUGUCACUCAAUGCGACGUAGCCGUGGAUUAUUACGGCAUGCAGUAUUCCUUGUUUACCAACAGUAUUGUGGAGGUCAUUGGCGGGAUCUUCUUCAUUAUCACAGCCAUCUAUAUCAUUAGGGACAAGAGGAAAUGUGACCGAUUCAUCGCAGCUCAAACCUCGGCCUCAUCAUCCAAGAAAUCCUCCACCUCUGAAACAAAGCUCCUGUUCAGUCCACAGAAACCGGAUAAUUAUUCCGUAUUAUUCCAAGGUGAAAGCCCUUCCAUCUCCACGGAUGAUGAAGAUGAAGACCUUCCACCUCAACUUCAGCUGAUCUUGCCGAAUGAACGAGCUUAAGCGAGCAGCCUCAUUUGGAUCAUUUGGAGACGCUCAUAUGUUUUGGAUAGGGGUGAAAGUGACGAAACCAAGAAGGCUGUGCUCAGGUGAUCAAAGAAGGCUUGUGCGUGGUGAUUGCAUUUACCACGAUGCAAUCGGACGGUUCUGUUAUAAUGUGAUAAAGCCUUUUGCUCACUUGUCCCUCUCAAAGCAAAUUCAUCCCAUUGCAUCGUUUCCUGGAUGUCGGUUGUUCCAAGUCAAAACCAAAGAUGAUGAUCAAAAUUCUCAUCCCUUCCUAAUGAAAACAAAUUGUUGCCAUAAGGCGGACUUAUUGGAGCCCGUUCUUUUUAAUUAUUGUGAUAUCGUCUCACCUUCCUAGUUUAUUUUAGCAUCUGCCCAAUCAAUUCAUCAACCCGGUAAAAACAUGAUCGUAGCAUAAUAUGCGUAUCAAAUAUCAGACGUUUCAUAAAAGAUUCUAACGAUCCUGGGAUGAAUUUUCCCUCUCUCGGCCCCAUUGGAUUAGUCUUAUCUCUAUUUUAUGGACACCUUGUAUGUAGAUUGGUUGUUGGGUGUCAAGUCCGCCAUGGCAUACCAAGUAUUUGUGCAAUAAAUCAUUGUUGUUGCUAAUUCAUAUGUAUUCAUGACAAAUAAUAAAACCAAUUGAAAAUA